CUUCCCUGUCGCUACUUUCUCCACUGCCUGAUGUUCAUGACUUUAAGCUCCUCUUUUGGAUUAGGUACUUUAUUUGUAUUGUCCUUAAAGUACAUAAAAUAAUACCCUUUAAAGCACUACAUUAUAAAAUAAAUAUUAUCCCUUUAGGAUCAAUAUAGAUUUGUUUAAUUACCAUGGACCCACCUUAGUUUCUAUGGAAACUAGAGGGUCACGACUAGUAAGGUAGGGCAGUGUGUGGUAGUAAGAGCUCAAGUCAAAAUCAUUUAAUGGUCAUGAACCACAAUGGGGAAUAAGUUGGUAACUUUUACAGAACAACAAUUGGAAAAUUAUCAGGAUUGUACUUUCUUUACCAGAAAAGAAAUAUUAAGAGUAUUUAAAAAAUUUCGAGAAGUACGUCCGGAUCUCAUUCCAAAACAAAUGCGAAAAAACGAGGCUAUUAACGCAAGAAUUCCAUUAGAAGACAGUAUAGAAAAAAUUCCAGAAUUACAUGAAAAUCCUUUCAAAAAACGAAUAUGUGAAGUAUUCUCUAGAGAUGGUAAAGGUAAUUUAUCCUUUGAGGAUUUUUUGGAUCUCCUUUCGGUUUUCAGCGAACAAGCUCCUCGAGAUAUUAAAGUUUUUUAUGCCUUUCGUAUUUAUGAUUUUGAUAGUGACCAACACAUAGGACCUGAGGACAUUGACCAAGCUCUACUUCUGCUCACCAGAAAUACGCAAGAGCUAACUCCAGAAGAUAGACAACAAAUUGCAGAAAAAGUGAUUGAGGAGGCAGAUGUCGAUGGGGACGGAAAGCUUUCCUUCAUGGAGUUUGAGCAUGUAAUCACUAGGGCUCCCGAUUUUCUAACUACCUUCCAUAUUAGAAUCUAAUGGGGUAUUACAAGUUUUUCUCAAGAUUAUAUAGUAUUAAAACAUAUUUUUUUAGUGAAUAUUUCCUAUUGAGAUAUAUUGUUUGUAUAGAUUUAUUAUUUUACUUUUUUAAUAAAAUAAAGAUGAUAUAACAUA